CGGAAAGGUGGGCAGGCCAAACGGAAGGCUCCAAGCGCUCCUCCUAAAGUCGGGGAACCUGAGCCACAGGAGGAGCCCUACCAUCGGACAGGCCCUCCCGCGGGGAAAGUUUCCGGGGCAGGGGGCGGGGCUGCCGGAAGUCGCCGGUCGCCGUCUGCUGUUCGUUGUUUGAGCUGCUGACGGGAAGGAGAAGCCCGAGCUUCGGCGGCGCCGCGGGGCGGCAGUCACGACCGGAGCCCGAGCCACCGCUAGCCUCUGGACGAGCCAGAAGCCAGGAGCACCAGCUGCGGAGCGGCGGGGCCGGGCGCCCGCUCGCCUUCUGAUCUCGCCAUGUCGCGGGGAUCCAUUGAGAUUCCCCUCCGGGACACUGACGAGGUCAUUGAACUUGACUUCGAUCAGUUACCGGAGGGAGAUGAAGUUAUCAGUAUUCUGAAACAGGAACACACACAACUGCACAUAUGGAUUGCUUUGGCGCUGGAAUACUACAAGCAAGGAAAAACAGAAGAGUUUGUAAAGUUGUUGGAAGCAGCGCGUAUAGACGGCAAUUUGGACUAUAGAGACCAUGAAAAAGACCAGAUGACUUGCUUGGAUACAUUGGCAGCCUAUUAUGUACAACAGGCUCGGAAGGAGAAGAAUAAGGACAACAAGAAAGAUCUUAUUACACAGGCCACCCUAUUGUAUACGAUGGCAGAUAAAAUUAUUAUGUAUGAUCAGAACCAUUUGUUGGGAAGAGCCUGCUUCUGCCUGCUUGAAGGUGACAAAAUGGAUCAGGCUGAUGCACAAUUUCAUUUCGUACUCAACCAGUCUCCAAAUAAUAUUCCAGCCCUUCUUGGUAAAGCUUGCAUUUCAUUCAACAAGAAAGAUUACAGAGGAGCUCUCGCUUACUAUAAGAAAGCCUUGCGAACUAACCCGGGAUGUCCAGCGGAAGUUCGUUUAGGAAUGGGCCAUUGCUUUGUGAAACUUAACAAAUUGGAGAAGGCUCGUCUGGCGUUCAGCAGAGCCCUGGAACUCAAUUCCAAAUGUGUGGGAGCAUUGGUGGGACUGGCUGUUCUAGAACUCAACAAUAAAGAGGCUGAUUCCAUCAAAAAUGGUGUCCAACUUCUUUCCAGAGCCUAUACUAUUGAUCCUAGCAACCCUAUGGUAUUGAACCACUUGGCAAAUCACUUUUUCUUCAAAAAGGAUUACAGUAAAGUCCAGCACUUGGCUCUCCAUGCAUUCCAUAAUACAGAAGUGGAGGCCAUGCAAGCAGAAAGUUGCUAUCAGUUGGCUAGAUCAUUCCACGUCCAGGAAGAUUAUGACCAAGCUUUCCAGUACUACUAUCAAGCCACACAGUUUGCCUCAUCCUCUUUUGUGCUGCCUUUUUUUGGUUUGGGACAAAUGUACAUUUAUCGAGGUGACAAAGAGAAUGCAUCUCAGUGCUUUGAGAAAGUUUUGAAAGCUUAUCCUAAUAAUUAUGAAACUAUGAAAAUUCUUGGCUCUCUAUAUGCCGCCUCAGAAGACCAAGAAAAACGAGAUAUCGCCAAGGGCCAUUUGAAGAAGGUCACAGAACAGUAUCCUGAUGACGUUGAAGCUUGGAUUGAGUUGGCACAAAUCUUAGAACAGACCGAUAUACAGGUAUUUAGCCAUGUUUUCCGUCUCCUACCUGAUGUGUUUUUGGUAAGCCUGAUGCAGUGUUUCUCUUCCUCUCAUUUUCACUUACACUUUAUUCUGUCCACCAUGAAAAUACAGGGUGCCCUGUCAGCCUACGGAACAGCGACACGGAUCCUUCAGGAGAAAGUGCAGGCUGAUGUCCCCCCAGAGAUUCUGAAUAACGUGGGUGCCCUCCAUUUCAGACUUGGAAAUCUGGGAGAGGCAAAGAAAUACUUUUUGGCAUCAUUGGAUCGUGCAAAGGCAGAAGCUGAGCAUGAUGAACAUUAUUACAAUGCCAUUUCUGUUACAACGUCAUACAAUUUAGCCAGGCUGUACGAGGCGAUGUGUGAAUUCCAUGAAGCAGAAAAACUAUAUAAAAACAUCUUACGGGAACAUCCUAAUUAUGUUGACUGCUAUCUGCGCCUAGGAGCCAUGGCUAGAGAUAAAGGAAAUUUUUAUGAGGCUUCAGAUUGGUUUAAGGAAGCUCUUCAGAUUAAUCAGGACCAUCCGGAUGCUUGGUCUUUGAUUGGUAAUCUUCAUUUGGCAAAACAAGAAUGGGGUCCAGGCCAGAAGAAAUUUGAGAGGAUAUUAAAACAACCAGCUACUCAGAGUGACACUUAUUCUAUGCUGGCCCUUGGCAACGUCUGGCUCCAAACUUUGCAUCAGCCCACCCGAGAUAGAGAAAAGGAAAAGCGUCAUCAAGAUCGUGCUCUGGCCAUCUACAAACAAGUACUCAGAAAUGAUGCAAAGAAUCUGUAUGCUGCUAAUGGCAUAGGAGCUGUUUUGGCCCACAAAGGAUAUUUCCGUGAAGCUCGUGAUGUAUUUGCCCAAGUAAGAGAAGCAACGGCAGAUAUCAGUGAUGUGUGGUUGAACCUAGCACAUAUCUACGUGGAACAAAAGCAAUAUAUCAGCGCCGUUCAGAUGUAUGAAAACUGCCUCAGAAAGUUCUAUAAGCACCAGAACACUGAAGUUGUGCUCUAUUUGGCCCGGGCCCUCUUCAAGUGUGGCAAGUUACAGGAAUGCAAACAGACUCUGCUGAAGGCUAGACACGUGGCACCCAGUGAUACAGUUCUUAUGUUUAAUGUGGCCUUGGUCCUGCAAAGAUUAGCUACCUCUGUCCUGAAAGAUGAAAAGAGUAAUCUGAAGGAAGUACUCAAUGCUGUGAAAGAACUGGAGCUUGCACACAGAUAUUUCAGUUACUUGAGUAAGGUUGGAGAUAAAAUGAGAUUUGAUUUGGCCCUCGCUGCUACAGAAGCCAGGCAAUGCUCUGACUUACUGAGCCAGGCCCAGUACCACGUGGCCAGGGCACGCAAACAGGACGAAGAAGAAAGGGAAUUGCGGGCCAAACAAGAGCAAGAGAAAGAACUGUUAAGGCAGAAACUUCUCAAAGAACAGGAAGAGAAACGUCUCAGAGAAAAAGAAGAGCAAAAGAAACUUUUGGAACAGCGGGCCCAGUACGUAGAGAAGACCAAAAAUAUUCUUAUGUUUACUGGAGAGACUGAAGCAACAAAAGAAAAGAAAAGAGGUGGCAGUGGUGGACGGCGGUCCAAGAAGGGAGGAGAGUUUGAUGAGUUUGUCAACGAUGACACCGAUGAAGACCUGCCUAUAUCCAAAAAGAAGAAGAGAAGGAAGGGCAGUGGUAGUGAGCAAGAAGGCGAGGAGGAGGAGGGUGGCGAGAGAAAGAAGAAGAAGAGGAGAAGACCUCCGAAGGGAGAUGAAGGAUCUGAUGAUGAUGAAACAGAAAAUGGCCCCAAACCGAAAAAGCGCCGUCUACCAAGAGCAGAGAAGAAGAAGGCUCCCAAGCCGGAACGUCUGCCUCCUUCAAUGAAGGGAAAAAUAAAAUCCAAAGCCAUAAUAUCAUCAAGUGACGAUUCAUCUGAUGAAGAUAAACUGAAAAUUGCUGAUGAAGGACAUCCCCGCAACAGCGACAGCGACUCCGAUGAGGGCCAGCGGCGGAAGACGGGCGCCUCCUCGGAGGAGAGCGACUCCGACGAGAACCAGAACAAGUCCGGCAGCGAGGCCGGCAGCGAGGCCGGCAGCGAGGCCGGCAGCCCCCGGCGGCCCCGGAGGCACCACUCGGAUGAGGAUUCAGACAGCGACCAGCCGGCCAGAAAGCGCAGGCCCUCGGGCUCCGAACAGUCUGACAACGAAUCCCUGCAGUCCGGGCGCAGCCGCUCGGGGGGCUCUGAGAUGGACUCUCGGCCUGUGUCCCCCAGCGCCGAGUCGGACCGCUACUCCGAGAGAGCAUCUGACAAUGAGGGGUCCGGCCGAGGCUCCGGCAGAGGCUCCGGCAAUGAAUCCGAACCCGAGGGAUCCAACAACGAGGCCUCGGAUCAGGGCUCAGAACGUGGUUCAGAUGAUAGCGACUAGGCUUUAUUUCAUGAAUAAGCUUCAUCUCCGCAGGAAACUUUUUUAAUAUAUGAAAGCUGUGAUAAAAACAUUUCAGGUGUUUGGUCAAACAGUGGUGGAUUUUUCCUAAGGCAAUUUUUUUCUCCUAUCCAUUUGUACGUUACUAUGUCCCAAAAGGUGUUUCCCUUCCAAUAUUUGAGUCUCUUGAGCAAAAGGUGACUAUUCUUUAUUAUGGUACAAUUCCACCUAUCAUAUGUGAAAACCCCAGGAAGAUAAACCCACAUGCUGAACCAUUCCUCCCGAGGUUUGACUGAAACUGUGGCAGAUGUCUCAUCUUCUUUGUAUGUUAAGCAACAUAUUAUUAGGACUUUUAUUGCAAUCUUUUACCAAGUGGUGCGAGGAACUUGCUAUUAAUAUCUUUGUUCCAUUUCAAGUUUAGAUCAAGAAUAUUUUUAUUUUCUGGAGGAAGAGGUAUCUACUGUAUAAUUGCACCAAAGUACAAAUGAAAGGAAGGUUUUCUUCAAUAGUGUAAUACUGCAGCCAUGUAGAUAAAACGACAAAUAUAUCAUUUGUUAGGUUGAAUAAGAUGUGGAAAAAUGCUUUUCUGUUAGUAGUAUGCAAAGACCUACCUAAGCCACAUAAUAAAAUUCUUUUACCAACUUUAUUGUAUAA